UUUGAAUGCAAUUCCAGUCAACUUCUUCAACUGGUACUGAUUCCCCUGUAAAAGGUAGAGGAAGGCCUAGAGGACGCGGCCGUGGUCGUGGUCGUGGUAGAGGAAGGCCAGCAUCAAGAAGAGGCAGGUCAAACAGAAAAGAGGAGGAAGUUCUCCAACAUACGGAGCAAAGAACAGAAAUUGAGAAGAGACACGUGCAGAGCCUCACCCAUGAGACAUGUCAGCAAAUGCUCAUUGAAGUAGCAUCCAGAUCAGCCAGUCUAAUUUUAGACAUAAUUGACAAGUCAAGACCUGGAGCCCCUGGUCAGCGUACAUCUGUACCAGACGUACCAUCUUGGUGUACUUGUAACCACUGUCGGAAAUUGCCUACAGAGGAAGAAAAGAUCUGCUGUGGCAGAAGUCCAGAACAGUGCACAGCCCUUUUGCCAGAUUUCCAUGUUCUGUGUCUUGAUGAGGCUGUCCUUGCCCUGGCCCGCCUGUAUAGAGAAGAUGUGUUAGCUUUGCCAGCUGAUGAUGAUUACAACAGGGGGAACAGGCACUCUGCAUACAGACAGUACAUCCUUUGGACUUAUGGAAAGCUUGGAGCAGGACAGAGAAAAGUCAUUCCAAGCUGUUGUGUUUGGAAAAUACGCAACAAAUACCCAGAACCCUCAGGACAAUAUGUGGGUUUUGUCCAAGGAAGACUAAAUUAAUCUUGGGUAAAAAAACGAAUCAAACAAACAACAACGAAUCAGUGUGUGCAUUA